UAUUUAUAUUAACACAGAUUAUUAAGAUUUAAUCAAACAAUUUUCAAUGAGUGUUACUGAACAAUCAUCAAUCAAUCAAACAUUAAAUACUUUUUCAUUUAAUACAUGUGAUAUAAAAUAUGCAGAAUUUGUAUAUAAAGUGUUAAAAGAAUCAGCUGAAAGUUUUGAAAAAGAACAAAAAUUUUUAGAUAAUGUGUUAUUAAAUUUAUACAAUAUUUUUGGUAAUGUAUUUGAAAGAGCAUUAGAAUUAUAUGAACAAGAACGUAUAACUCAUAUCUUUCCUUCUGAAAAUCCUGAUGUUGCGCCUCAUAGUGAUAGAAAUAAUUCCAGAUAUUUAGUACAGAUUAAGGGAUUGUCAGGAACAAUAUAUAUACUCUUUCCUGACAUAAACUACUGUAUUUGUGGUUCUUUUAGGUGUCAAGUAUUAAAUAAUAGAUCUUUGUUUACUUGCAAACAUGUUUUAGCAGCUUGGUUAGCUGCAGUUACAAAAAGAAAAUUAUCUCAUCAAUAUAUAACAGAAAAACAAUUUCAAAAUUUGUUAUUAUAUCAAGUUUCAAAUAAACAAUAUGUAUCCUGAAGUAGAAACUAAUUCAUUAGUUGCAAAGUUAGGAAAUCUUAAAACCAUAGUACAAUUAUUAAAAGCAAUUAAUUUUAAAGAGAAUGCUACAUGUUUUGGUACUGAAAAUGGUUUGAAAAUAACUGUAGAAGAUGCAAAAUGUAUGCAAGCUAGUGCUUAUAUUCCAACUCAUGUAUUUCAAAUAUUCAAUUUGAAAGAAGAUGUAAUUUUUAAAGUUAAUUUAAAUAUAUUAGUGGAAUGCCUUUGUAUGUUUUGGAGUAAUAUAAAUUGCCAAGGAAGUUCUGUAGCUUUGCAACUUUUUUAUAAAGCUAAUGGACAUCCUGUAACAGUUCUUAUUGAAGAAGAUGGUAUUAUAACAGAUUGUUCUUUAAAAACACAAGAACCUGAUGAAUUGUUAGAUUUUCAUCUUGAACCGGAAAAUGUUUUGAAUAAAGUAGUUCUUCAAACUGAAUUGUUAAAAGAUAUCUUAUCUGAGCUUGAUUCAAGUAGUGAUUUGAUUGAGCUAUUUUUAUCUCCUUCCCCACCUUUCUUUCGUAUUAGUACAGCUGGUUUAGCUGGAAUUUGUCAUAUUGAAUUACCACAUGAUGGUGAAUUGAUUGAUAAUUUCCAAUGUACUUCAACAGCUACAUCAAGUUAUAAACUUACACAUAUUAAGCCAGCUAUGAAGGCAUUAUCUUGUGCAAAUAAAGUUUCAUUGAGGACUGAUUCAUUUGGACUAUUGUGUUUUCAAUAUAUGGUUAAGACUGAUGAAGGACAUACAUGUUACAUAGAAUAUUAUGUAAGCUCAUAUUUACUAACAAAUGUAAUGUGAAGCUAAAUAUAAACAUACAUACAAAUAAAAUAUUUCAGAUUUCUCCAGUAAUAGAUCCUGAUGAAUAAUUUGGAAUGGAGAUAAGAUGAUAAAUAUUGAUUAAAAAUUAUUUCAAAAUAUUCUUUUAUUUUAUCAGAUUUGUAAUUAAAGCUUUCCAUUUAUUGUAUCACAUAAAAAAAAAAUGCCUUUAUAUGAAAUUCAAAACUAUUCUUUAUUGUGAAUUCGCUUAAUAUACUCACAAUGAAUAUGAUGUACAUAAAAGCAUAUGAAUGAUAUUUAAAGAUGCA